GUCAGCUGAAUGUGGAAACAGAGGGAAUUCUGCUGUCACCGUCCAUGGGCUUUCCAGGUCACACAACCUACAAGUAGGGAGUGGGGACAGAGCGCGCGCCUGCAUGCCAAUUCUAAGCUCUUCAGGAUCAGAUGUCGUUCGUCCUGUCCAGAAUGGCAGCCUGUGGAGGCAAUUGCAAGAACAAAGUGACUGUCUCCAAGCCUGUGUGGGACUUCCUGAGCAAGGAGACCCCUGCCCGGCUGGCCCGGCUUCGGGAGGAGCACCACGUGUCCAUUCUCAUAGACGGCGAGACUUCUGACAUCUAUGUUCUCCAGCUUUCCCCUCAGGGCCCUCCCCCAGCUCCUCCCAAUGGGCUCUACCUGGCCAGGAAGGCUCUCAAGGGGCUGCUCAAGGAGGCAGAGAAAGAGCUCAAGAAAGCUCAGAGGCAGGGGGAGCUUAUGGGCUGCCUGGCUUUGGGGGGUGGAGGGGAGCACCCUGAGCUGCACCGCCCAGGCCCACCCCCUCUCCGAGCAGCCCCACUCCUGCCCCCAGGGGCCCGGGGGCUUCCCCCACCUCCUCCUCCGCUGCCCCCUCCUCUUCCUCCCCGCCUUCGGGAAGAGACAGAAGAGCAGGAGAGCACCUGCCCCAUCUGUCUGGGAGAGAUCCAGAAUGCCAAGACGUUGGAGAAGUGCCGGCACUCGUUCUGCGAGGGCUGCAUUACCCGGGCCCUGCAGGUGAAGAAGGCCUGCCCCAUGUGUGGCCGUUUCUAUGGGCAGCUGGUGGGCAACCAGCCCCAGAACGGGCGGAUGCUGGUCUCUAAGGAUGCCACACUCCUACUACCCAGCUAUGAGAAGUACGGCACCAUCGUCAUCCAGUACGUCUUCCCGCCCGGUGUCCAGGGGGCUGAACACCCAAACCCAGGAGUUCGGUAUCCUGGCACUACUCGGGUGGCCUACCUCCCGGACUGCCCCGAGGGCAACAAGGUGCUGACCCUGUUCCGCAAGGCGUUUGACCAGCGUCUCACCUUCACUAUUGGCACCUCCAUGACCACAGGGAGACCGAAUGUCAUCACUUGGAACGACAUCCACCACAAGACAAGCUGCACAGGGGGACCACAGCUGUUUGGGUACCCGGACCCCACCUACCUGACCCGGGUGCAGGAGGAGCUGAGAGCCAAGGGCAUCACCGAUGACUGAAGGACAGCCCCUUCGGGAAGCCCUUGCUGUUCUCCAGUAGGACCCAACGGAAGCCUCUGUUCUCUCUCCCUCUGCCCCCCUCACCACUCCAGUAGGGGACUGUCUGACCAGGGAAGGAGUUUGCAGAGGGAGGGGCUAUCCCUUCCCCAGCCCCCCACUGGCCGAGUGCUUCAGUGCAGUGUGAGCCACUCCCUUCUGGCAAAGGCGCUGUCCCAGGCUCUGCUCCCCUCCUCCGCGUGUACAUAAUCCCAGCCGCCCUGCCCCCUCCAUUGCCCUUGGCUUUUUCUGGUAUGUGCUGUGCUCCAGUGACUCUGCUGAGAGAGGACCUGGGUGGGAAGGGAGGGUCUCUUGAACCUCCCACCCCCACACACUGCUCCACUGCUGAACUUCUGUGCAGGGAGAGGGAUCAGGCUGCUGUGAGCACCCCUGGAGCCGGCUGCGUGUGUUCUUCAGAAUCAAUUCCCCCUUCACCCUUAGACUUGUCCUUUCUCUCCUGUGUCUCUGUCUCUGUCAGUCUUUCUCCCGCUCUUCUCUGCCCCCUAUAAGGAGCCUCCUUAUCCCGUUCUGGAAUUGCCGCCGGAC